AUGUUCGUUGAUGUCAAAGAGCUGAGAUCUGGGGGACUUGACAAAUUCCAGAAGCAGCUCGCAGCAUCAUCAGCUCGGUCCCAAGGGCAGAUACUUGCUGGGUCUGGCGCAACGUCUUCAGGAUUGCCCAAGAUGCCCCAACGAGCAUAUGUUACAGGCGGUUCUAGUGGUGGGUUGUCAAAUCCACCUCCCGUACCUGACCAAACAGGUUUUAAGGAGUCGCCUGGAGACCUUCGAACGGGAUCAGGUCGACAACAAAAUGUUCAAACCAUCGACGUUGGUGCAAUUCCCCGUUAUCUAUUGCUCUGCGUAAAUACACGAAACCUGACCAAGCUUCUCCAUGUGGAUCUCAGUUACAUUGAGAAUGACCAACUCCUGUUCGAUGGCAUCCGGCGCAGAUAUUGGGAGGCGAGCAGACAUGAUUCCUGGCACUAUGGGUUGCUUGCACCUCAGUGGCUGGCGGAUCGAAUGUCUGCUACUUGGAGAGACUGGUUGGGGACUGUGCACUUGCGGGUGCCUCGAAGCGCGGAACUCAUCGAGUUCCGACUUGUGCCGUUCCACGCAAGCAUCUGUCCUGAUAAGGUCAGACUCAGGCUGCCACCCGAAGACCAAGUUAAGGUAGAGAAGAACUAUCACUACGACCCCUGCCCAACCGAAGUUGAAGUCUUGAGCAUACCUAAGUUUUCGCACCUCCUAAAGCCCGGUAUUCACUCUUACGACUUCUGGUUGAAGACGUUCCCAAAGAAACUGCGUGGUAAGCUAACGUACCAGCCGGCAGUCAUCGGAUGGGGCUUGACAAUCCACGAAGGCUGGGAUUGGGUCGUCCUGUUCUCCAAUAUGCUCGUGCUUACGAUCCUAGUCGGCGUUGCUGAUGUACUAUACGCUGUCUUCACACACGACUCAGCUUCCGCAUUCGGCUUCGGUGCCUAUGCUAUGGCUGUAGUUCCACUCUUUCUCACUGUAAAGUACUGGGCAUGGCAAGAGCAUGAGAGUUCAUAG